ACCCCUAACCCGUUCUCCCCUGCUCCCCGCUGCCCGGCCGCGGCAGCUGCGGGACCCGCGCUGGAAGGACCCCCAUUUCCGGUUCGGCACUAUCCUGCACGGCAACACGGACUCGCUGCUGAAACAGAACUUCCCCGAGAUGCACCACUACAUGCUCAAGUUCAACAAGAGCAGCGUCGUUGAGGGCAUCAAGGCCGUCAAGAGCGGGGAGCUGGACGCGUUCAUUUAUGACGCCACCGUGCUCGAGUACCACGCUGGUCAGGAUGACGAGUGCCGUCUGCUGACCGUCGGUCAGUGGUACGCCAUGACAGGGUACGGCGUGGGCUUUCCUCGCAACAGCAAACACAUUGACGCCUUCAACGAGAGGAUCAUGCACUACCGGCAGAACGGGGACCUGGAGCGGCUGCACCGCUUCUGGUUCACGGGCGCCUGUCGGCCCGACCAGCAGAAGAAGUCGAGCAGCAACCCGCUGACGCUGGACCAGUUCCUGUCGACGUUCCUGCUGCUCGGCUGCGGCAUCCUGCUGUCGGCCGUGCUGCUCGGCUGCGAGUACCUCUACUUCCGGUACGUGCGGCCGCGGCUGGCGCGAGUGGACCGCGUGGGCGGCUGCUGCUCGCUCAUGUCCCUCAGCAUGGGAAGGUCGCUCAACUUCCGCGGCGUCGUACUGGAGGCGCAAAACACCAUGAAGUCGCUGCGCCGGUGCCGGGACGCCGCCUGCGACACCCAGCUCUGGCGUCUGAAGCACGAGCUGCAGCUGGCGCAGGCGCGCCUGACGGCGCUGGAGCAGCAGUGCGGCGCGCGCGGUCUGCCCGGCUCGCCGGCCAGCCGCCGCCGGCCGCCGGACGUGCGGCCCGACGACAUCAUGGACUCGAACCACGUCCGGAGGAGCCGGUCGGCCGAACGGUGGCCGCCGGCCGCGCCGCAGCACCUCAACACCAGGGCCGAUAGGGCCGACUGGCUGUCGGUGCACAGCAUCACCGGGUCGCCCGGGUCCUCCUCUGGGUGGUCCAGCAGCCAGCUCAGCGCCGUGGCCAGGGCCAACAUCUCGGCCCGGCCGGCGGCCGAGUCGUGGCAGGUGGCGGAGCUGGAGACGGUGCUAUAG